UUCCCAGCCGCGACCAUGGUUAUGUCUGCAUCCUUGCUUCGCAGGCAAAUUGUCGAAAUCGAAGAAGCACUGGCCUCUCUACAUCAACAAGUUGCUUCGCUGGAAGACCAACAAGCUCGGCUGACCGCCCAGCUCAGAGAUAUCAAGUACCCCAUUCUCAGUGUCCCAGAGGACCUCACGCUCCAUAUAUGGUCGUUUGUCGUCCAGCCACGCCCGCAGCCCGUCCACGAAGUCUUUUCCUCUGCGCCAGUGCAGCCGGCCAUUGUGAUGGCCAGUGUCUGCCGUGCCUGGCGGGAACUGGCGCUGUCGACAACAACACUGUGGACGACGAUAACAGCAUCGUGGCAACACCAGGGCUUCGAACGCUGCAACGCGCUUCUGUCGCUAUUCCUGCAGAGGUCGGGCAGCGUGAGGCUGCUGGACGUCGAUUUGCACUUCUCGGGCCAGGACACGUGGACGCCGAUUGAGGAGGCCUUCCGAAUAUUAGCGCCCGAGGCCGACCGGCUGCGCCGAAUCCGACUGUCGAGCUGGGCAUUCUCGGGGCUGAUAUCGCGCGGCACCGCCUUUCCACUGUCCCUCCCCCGCCUCGAAGAGAUCGACCUCGGGAAUUUCAUCGCCCUCCGUCAAGGCGAGCUAAUCAAGAUUCAAGAAGAGAUCCACACCUUGUUUAUGGGAACUGCGGGUGGAGCACGCCGAUGCUGUCUUGAUAUUUGGCUUUUCAUUAGCCAAUCUUGUGAAGCUUGUACCCCUCGACGUCGACGCCCCGCUUGCGACGACACUUGUGCUCCUUGCACAGACGCCUCGGCUGGAGAUGUUGCAUUUGCUUCAGCACACUGA